CCCAAGGCCCAUAUCUGGCCCAGCUCGAGGGCCGGUAAUAAACCCUAGUCUCCAUCUUCGUUCUCUUCCUCCGUCGUUUGAGCAUAGCUGCCUCUGUGAAGCUCUGCGGGCGACGUUCAUCACCAUGGACGCUCAGACGGAAAAGGCCUUCUUGAAGCAGCCGAAAGUGUUCCUCUGCUCGAAGAAGUCGGGCAAGGGUAAGAGACCCGGAAAGGGAGGAAACAGAUAUUCGAAGAGCAUUGGGUUGGGAUUCAAGACCCCCAGAGAUGCUAUUGAAGGUACUUAUAUUGACAUGAAGUGCCCGUUCACUGGCAAUGUUUCCAUUAGGGGUCGUAUCCUUGCUGGUACUUGCCACAGUGCUAAAAUGAUGCGGACCAUCAUCGUCCGACGAAACUACCUUCACUUUGUGAAGAAGUACCAGAGAUAUGAGAAGAGGCACUCCAAUAUUGCUGCCCACGUCUCCCCAUGCUUCCGUGUUAAAGAAGGGGACCAUGUAAUUAUCGGCCAAUGCAGGCCAUUGUCGAAGACUGUUAGGUUCAAUGUACUUAAAGUGAUCCCAGCUGGGUCAUCAGGUGGAGGUGGGAAGAAGGCGUUCACGGGAAUAUAAGCUUUGUAUGCUGUAGUUUGUCGACUUUUGGUGCUGCUUCUUAUAGUAAUGCCUAGUUUAACAAUUUGGAUUUGGCUAAUUCCUCUGUUAUCCCUCUCUUGGAAUGACAUUUCUGUAAUUGAGAUUUUGUACAAUUUCUGAUCUCAUUAAAGUUUGAAAAGCAAAUUGCUUGCGAAUUCCUUG